CCAUCCCGUCCAGCACGCCAAUUCCCUCCCACCCCCCGGCCUUUUCUUUUCCCUUCUCACCUCUAGCUGUUCCUCUGUCUUUUUUAUUGCAGCUAGAAGUCGAGGCCGUGCACCAUGACGCUCUUUAUCCUUACGGAAACCAGUGCGGGCUAUGCCCUGCUCAAGGCCAAGGACAAGAAGCUGUUGAAGAGAGAUGAUCUGGCUACUGAGGCUUCCACCGCAGAGGGUGUUUCUAACCUUCUGAAGUUGAAGAGCUUCCAGAAGUUCGACAGCGCUGCUACCGCCCUGGAGGAGGUUGCUUCCCUCGUCGAAGGAAAGGUCACUCCUCGCCUGGCCAGCCUUUUGGACGAAGUCAAGGAUGAGAAGAAGGUUUCUCUGGCUGUCGCCGACCCCAAGCUCGGCAAUGCCAUUGGCAAGCUCCCCGGUCUCUCCAUCGAGCUGGUGGCCGACUCUUCCACCACCGAUGUCUUCCGUGCCAUUCGUGAACACCUGCCCACCCUCAUCCCCGGCCUUCUCCCUCAGGACAUGUCCACCAUGUCCCUUGGUCUGUCGCACUCUCUCGCUAGACACAAGCUCAAGUUCUCCCCCGACAAGAUCGACACCAUGAUUGUGCAGGCCAUUGGUCUGCUUGACGACCUGGACAAGGAGCUCAACAACUACGCCAUGCGUGUGAAGGAAUGGUACGGAUGGCACUUCCCUGAGCUGGCGAAGAUCCUGAACGACAACAUCGCCUACGCCAGACUCGUCCUCAAGAUGGGCAUGCGCACCAACUGGGAGUCUUCCGAUCUCGCUGAGAUCCUCCCCGAGGAGAUUGAGGGUGCCGUCAAGGCUGCUGCGGACCGCUCCAUGGGUACCGAGAUCAGCCAGGAGGAUCUGGAACACAUUCAAGCUCUGGCCGAGCAGGUCGUUGGCUUCGCUGAGUACCGUCAACAACUGGCUGGCUACCUUACCGCCCGUAUGAACGCCAUCGCCCCCAACCUGACUGCCCUCGUCGGUGAUCUGGUCGGUGCCCGUCUUAUCGCCCACGCUGGUAGCUUGACCAACCUGUCCAAGAGCCCUGCCAGUACUAUCCAGAUUCUGGGUGCCGAGAAGGCCCUGUUCCGUGCUCUUAAGACUAAGCACGACACUCCCAAGUACGGUCUGAUCUACCACGCUUCCCUGAUCGGCCAGGCCACCGGCAAGAACAAGGGUAAGAUGGCCAGAGUUCUGGCUGCCAAGGCUUCCCUUGGUCUGCGUGUGGAUGCUCUCGCUGAGUGGGACGACGAUGCCACCGAGGAGGACAAGGCUGCUCUCGGUACGGAAGCCCGCUACAACCUCGAGCGUAAGCUUGCCGCCAUGGAGGGCAAGCCCCUCAAGCCUCGUGGUACCGCCAUUGCCCCCAACGGCGCUCCUCAGGCCCAGAAGUUCGAGAUCAACGAAGCCCGCAAAUACAACGCCGAUGCUGAUGCUGUUACGGGCGACGAGCCCGCUUCCGCUAAGAAGAGCAAGAGCAAGAAGCUCGUAGAGGAGGUUCAGGACGAGGAGAUGGCCGAUGCUGACUCCGACGAGGAGUCUGACUCGUCCGACGAGGAGACCGACAAGAAGUCCAAGAAGAGCAAGGACUCUGAGCUCGAGAAGAUGGCCGAGAAGGCCGGUCUGAGCCUCAAGCGGUACAAGCGCAAGCUUGAGCGUGGAGAAAUCCAGUUCGACGCUGAGGGCAACCCCAGCGCGGUCAGCAAGAAGGACAUCAAGAAGGCCAAGAAGGAGUCCAAGAAGUCGGCCAAGGGUGAGGAGAAGAAGCGCAAGCGGUCAGACGACGGCGAAGUCGACAACUCUGAGAAGAAAAAGAAGAAGAAGAAGAAGGGUGAGGAGUAAAUUCGAAUGAAGUCCUCAAACAAAAAAGUUUCACAAUCAACACACCUGAUGGGAAUGCUUCAAAUUUCUGUAUGAUAUCACACCAUGUGGGCCGAAUUUCUUCUCUUUUUCCUCUUUUUCUCUCUAUCUCUGUUGCUAUUUUGCUUGAAGAUUAUAUGUUUGGGUGGCAUUUGAUGGAUGGAUCUUACUAUCAUCCCCUGGCGCAGAGGUGCUUGUUGGUAUAAGGCAGUUCAAGUUCCAGAAAUAAUGUUCUUUCUGAGUUGGAUUUUCCCAUGGUAGUUGUAAUGUAUGUAGUUGCAAUGGUUGAUGUUAUAUCGACCAACCUUUCUGCAGCUAGACUU